CCCGCGAUGGCGGCGGCCGGCGGCGGCCCGUAGGGGCCAUGGGCAACGCCGAGGGCCGGGCCCCGCGCCGGGCCGAGCCCCGCGGCAACCCCGGCAGCUUCGAUGAGCUGCACCGGCUCUGCAAAGAGGUGUUCCCGCCGCAGAUGGAGGGCGUGAAGCUGAUCGUCACCAAGACCCUGAGCAGCCACUUCCAGGUGACACACACGGUGCACAUGAGCACGCUGGGCCCCUCCGGCUACCGCUUCAACGCCACCUUCCUGGGGGACCGCCAGCUGGGCGCCGAGGUGUUCCCCACGCUGCUCGGGGACAUGGACAGCAGUGGCAGCCUCAACGCGCAGGCCGUGCAGCUGCUGGGCGAGCGCCUGCGCGCCAAGGCCGUGUUCCAGACGCACCAGGCCAAGUUCGUGACGUGGCAGUUCGACGGCGAGUACCGCGGCGAGGACUGCACGGCCACGCUCACGCUGGGCAACCCCGACCUGCUGGGCGGCUCCGUGAUCGUGGUGGCACACUUCCUGCAGAGCGUCACCGCCCGCCUGGUGCUGGGCGGGGAGCUCGUGUACCACCGGCGGCCCGGCGAGGAGGGAGCCAUCCUCACCCUGGCCGGGAAGUACUCGGCCCCGCACUGGGUGACAACGCUCAACGUGGGCUACGGCGGCGCCCACGCCAGCUACUACCACCGGGCCAACGAGCAGGUGCAGGUGGGGGUGGAGCUGGAGGCCAACACGCGGCUGCAGGAGAGCAGCUUCGCCUUCGGCUACCAGCUGAGCCUGCCGCGGGCCAACGUGGUCUUCCGAGGUGGGCGCGGCUCCCGCGGCCGCCGCCGCCGCUGUCGCCUGCUGGUGGCGCUCAGCUGUCGCCGCUGUCGCCCCGCAGGGCUCCUGGACAGCAAUUGGAGCGUGGGGGGCGUCCUGGAGAAGAAGCUGCCGCCCCUGCCCGUGACGCUGGCGCUGGGCGCCUUCCUGAACCACUGGAGGAGCCGCUUCCACUGCGGCUUCAGCGUCACCGUGGGCUGAGGGACGGGGCACAGGGGACAGCACAGGGGACACAGGGACAGGACAGGGGACAGGACAGAGUGAGCAGGACGGGACAGCGGGGACAGGACAGGGGACAGGACAGCAGGGACAGGACAGGGGACAGGACG